CUCGAUUGAUCUGCUCAUCACGUUUUGCCAUCUUCAACCCAGCAUUCACUCGCAUAUCUCAUCGCUAUUCAACUAUCACUAAGAACACCUCCACCAUGUCAAAGCUCAGCUUGAACUCCACACUCCCUCUCCCCAAUUCCUCCCACAAGAUCCCCCAACUAGGCUUCGGUGUCUACCAAUCGCCCCCAGAGACAUGCGUUAAGUCCUGUCUCACAGCUCUGAAGGCUGGCUACCGACACAUCGACACGGCACAGUACUAUGCGAACGAAGAGCAAGUCGGACAGGCGCUGAAGGAAUCUGGCCUCAAGCGUGAGGAAGUCUACCUCACCACCAAGAUCCUCAGCCCGGGCAACGACGUCGAAUCGACAUACAAGAGUGUGUUGGAGAGCGUCGAGAAACUCUCUGGCAAGGAUGGAUACGUGGAUCUCUUCCUUAUUCACAGCCCUAACGCAGGGCCGGAGAAGAGGAAGCUGAUGUGGCUCGCGCUGGAGAAGGCCAAGUCAGAGGGUAAGGCACGCGAGAUUGGUGUCAGUAAUUAUGGCAUCGGUCACAUUGAGGAGAUCAAGAAGAUUGGCAAGGUCUGGCCACCUGCCAUCAACCAGAUCGAGCUCCACCCCUGGUGCCAACAGAAGGAAGCCGUCGAGUACUGCCAAAAGAACAACAUUGUCGUCGAAGCCUACUGCCCGCUCGUCCGCAACCAAAAGGCGCAAGACCAGACACUCCAAAGCAUCGCAAAGAAGCACAACGUGAGCGACGCCCAAGUCCUCGUACGCUGGAGUCUGCAGCGCGGCUUCGUGCCCCUCCCUAAGAGCGACACGCCCUCCAGAAUCGAGAGCAACGCGGACCUCUACGGCUUCGAGCUCGACAACGACGACAUGGCCAAGCUGAACGAGCUGGAUGAGAUGGAGAAGGGCGCGCUGGUGCAGGCAGUCAGCAAUGAGUAGGAAUGGAGUGACUCGCCAAGGAUGACCGUUCGCCGACGCGAUCCUAUCAAAGAAAUCUUGAAUGAGGUCACUCGAAUGUUGGAGGCUUGGCUUCGGCGACUGUACCUGAGACCUUGGGAAGAGUAGAGCUAUAUCAAGGAAAAGCGUGCGCGUAAGGUCAGGAAGAUGAAGGCUCCGGCUGGUUAUUCGUCGUCCCCCGAAUCUCUGGAAUCGAUGGAGAUAUAUCAUGAGGCAGACUUCUGGUAGUUGACACACAAGUAGAUAGCUGCCACAGGCCCAACACGCCAUCUUCUUUCAGGUGUGUUGCAUGACUAUCCCCAUGGUGCCAGAAGUCUGACUACGUCCAGGCUACCCUUUCAACCGCUUUAUCGCAUCGCAACGUUGAAGAUGCGAUUCUUGAGAGAUACUUAGUACGAUCGCAACG